AUGAAGCUCAACACAGCGAUCACGGCGAUGUAUCUGACCCUGACGGGUAUCACGUCGGCGGCACCUCUGAUGCGCAACGUUGAAGCGGCGGAGGUGUCGCUACCGGAGACUAUGCGGUCGUUCGAUAGCCACUGGAGCGAGCUGGACGACAAGGUGCAAGAAGCCUCGCAGAAGAAGGCACUUUUCGGCACACGCGAAAAGUGGAUCACCGGCGUUGGUGCAGGCCUGACUUUGGCGGGUACAGGUGGCUACAUUGCCAGCUCGGUCAUACCGAUGCAGCUCGCGCACCGUCAAGAUGCAGCGAGGGAAAAGCUCCAGGCGGCUGUCGCGCGAGCUGACGCCGCCAAGCAAGCCGAGCAGCUGCGGAGCGCUGCGCAUGUGGUCAAACGCGAGUUUGUCGACGCCGCCAAGGAAGCCCAAGGCGCGCUGGAACAUGUGGGCGACAACGAGAGCUUUGCGAGUGCGCUCAGCCGAUCGCCAAGCGAGCGCCUUUCAGAACUCGACGAGAUUCAUCCCGUCAAAGUCAAAGAAGAUGGCAUGCAUCGCACACUUGACGCCCAGAGGCCCCCACCCCUCUACGUCUUUGAUGCGAAGGGAGAUCUGGCGAGCACAGGAUACAGGCACGAGCUGUAUCGAGGAAUGCCUUCGUCGGCCGGAUCCGAUCCUUCGGAGCGGCUGGCGGCGGUGGAAGCGGCUGUUCUCAGCCUCAAACAGCAUCACUACGAAGGCCAGAAGCUGUCACCCUCGACCAAAGCUUUGCUAGGAGUAGGCCUGGUCGGCGCGGUUGGCGGUCUCGCAUCGGCCGAGCUGGCGGUUCAGAGUUCGGUCGAGGGCGUCAGGCGGGCUAACGACAGGCUUCCGGACGUGACCAAUCUGGACCCUGGGACGUGCGCGCAUUUCGCCACGGAGCUCCCCUCGCUCGACUGCUCGAAAGCGCACGGUCGCAAGCUCCGCUGA